CCAAGGAAUUUCUGCUACAGCUGAUUCGGUCGCCAUCUUUGUCGCGAACAUAAACAACACCAGCGAGUCGCGUUGGCAUUUGGAUGUACCGCAGCUGGGAAGAAAGCGACAACAGUCUCCCCGCCGCAGCGCUGAAUACUCCAACCGAAGAUGACCGUCGAUUUGGUCCCCUGAGCCGCCGUGUCAGCCCGAGAUGAGGAUCCAGGGUGGAUAUCCUCAAACGGAGGGAGAGGAGGUUUAAAGAGGGGGGCGGGGAGGGCAGCAAAGGGGCCUUGCUGCUCGUCAGCCCUGAGGAGAUGGACCAAGAGUACGAGAGACGGCUGCUGAGGCAAAUCAACCACCAGAACCUGCCGACAGAGGCCCGCCUGUCAAAGUGUGUCAGCGCUACCUGCAGUCCUGUCAGUGUAAAGUCAGGGGACCGCUUCAUUCCCACCCGCGCAGGAAGCAACUGGAGCAUCAACUUCCACUACGCCAAUGAGAACUGUCGCUCCCCAAAUCAGAACCACAAAGCAAAGGAUGCCAGUUCAGACUCAAGCAAAGAUGCUGUGGCGUAUGCUGCCCUGUUGAGGAACGAGUUACUGGGGGCCGGGAUAGAGACGGUGCCAGACCCUCACACAGACGACCGGCGGCACACUGUCCUCUCUCAAGACUCUCACAGCCUUUUUAGGUACACUGUCCACACUAAGAGAGUGCCUUUUGAUAGUGAUAAUGAAGUCUCACCCUACUCCCUUUCUCCGCUUAGUAACAAGAGUCACAAGCUGCUCCGCUCUCCUCGUAAACCAGCCCGAAAGAUCUCCAAGAUCCCCUUCAAGGUGCUGGAUGCUCCGGAGCUGCAGGAUGACUUCUACCUCAACCUGGUAGACUGGUCGGCAGGCAACCUGCUCAGCGUCGGUCUGGGAGCCUGCGUCUACCUGUGGAGUGCCUGCACCAGCCAGGUGACAAGGUUAUGUGACCUUUCAGUGGAUGGAGACUCUGUUACAUCAGUUUGUUGGAAUGAGCGGGGGAGUCUUGUUGCUGUUGGAACCCACAAGGGUUACGUCCAGAUCUGGGACGCAGCAGGAGGCAGGAAGCUGACCAGCCUGGAGGGUCACUCGGCACGUGUAGGUGCCCUGGCGUGGAACGGAGAGCAGCUGUCGUCGGGGAGUCGGGACCGAGUGAUCCUGCAGCGGGACGUCAGAACCCCCCCGUCAGCCGAGAGGAGGCUGCAAGGCCACAGACAGGAAGUGUGCGGUCUGAAAUGGUCCCCUGACCACCAGCACCUCGCGUCGGGGGGCAACGACAACAAGCUGCUGGUGUGGAACAGCUCCAGCCUCCUCCCCGUGCAGCAGUACAGCGACCACCUGGCAGCGGUGAAGGCCAUCGCCUGGUCGCCCCACCAGCACGGGCUGCUGGCGUCGGGGGGCGGCACCGCCGACCGCUGCCUGCGCUUCUGGAACACCUUGACGGGUCAGGCUCUGCAGAGCACAGACACGGGCUCCCAGGUCUGCAACCUGGCAUGGUCCAAACACGCCAACGAACUGGUGAGCACUCACGGCUACUCCCAGAACCAGAUCCUGGUGUGGAAGUAUCCAUCACUGACUCAGGUGGCUAAGCUGACAGGACACUCGUACAGAGUGUUGUACCUGGCUGUGUCACCUGACGGGGAGGCCAUCGUUACAGGAGCCGGAGACGAGACACUACGAUUCUGGAACGUCUUUAGUAAGACACGCUGCACCAAGGAAUCAAAGUCAGUGCUGAACCUCUUCACCAGGAUACGAUAGUGAGGGCCGGGGCUGGUUCCAGGAGGAGCCUCCUGCUCUGUGGUUGAAAUGCACAGUCACCAACGACACUCACAGACUAAAGGAACCUUCUCAUCUCAGAGCACCGACCACCACUACAGACGCUCGUCCUCACAUCCACCUUUUCUACACAGGAUGCAGUCUCUACUUCCAACAACUGCCAUCCCUCACAGUGAUUAAAACAAACAAACAAACAAACGAGCAGUCUAUUGUCAGGACAUGUUGUCUGCUUUAAAAAAAAGUCAGUCUUGUUAUCUUUUUCUGUUGUGGAAGUGAAAUUGUUUUUGUUAUAUAUUAGCAGAAGUAUACAUGUACAAGAGUUAUAAGCUAUAUAAUGUAACGACGUCACAUUUUUAAAAGGCUCUCCUUUGUAACAGAGACAAGAAGAAGCCUGGAUCUCGUGUGUGUGUGUGUGUGUGUGUGUGUGUGUUGGGGGGGA